UUUAUGGUAUAAUGCAUAUUCAUAAUGACUGAAGUUGGAAGUAGUGUCGGGUCAUUGGUGGCUAGUCAUGGCUGGCGACAGUGUCUCUACUGCCAAGGUCGCAUCUUCAAAAUUCCCAAUGACUUUAUUAGACAUAUACGUGAUUGCCACUGUGCAAAGGAAGGUGGAAGUUUUGUGUGUAGAUAUGGCUACAACGGAGUCUGCUCAUCAUUACCACUUGAGGGAGUGAGCGAUCAGGAUUAUGAAGACCACGUACUGAAACACCAUGCAUUCACUAUGCUUAACAAGGGUAGCUCAGGAGUAAUAUCCAAAGCACAGACAAGGGCUAGAGAAGAAAAAUGGGGCGUCUUCUCUUCAACUCAGAAUGUUCCAUCAGUUCUUAAUGACCCUAGGAAGGGGAUAAGGCGUGAUUUUUUCACUAAAACCUGGGGUGAGAGUUUUGUGGAGGUUAAAGAAAUUCCUGCUCAUGUGGCACUCCCUCAAGUCACCAUCAAGCAUGUGGAGUCGUAUGUUAGGCGACUUCGCAAGAGACAAAAACUCCUCUCUAGGUUAGCCUCCAUGCAGGCUGGCAAAGCACAAGAGGCUGCAGAAGAGUCAUCAUUAGAACCCAGUCCAAGAGUAUCUGACCAGUUAUCCCAAGAGGGUGUUCCGGCCAUCUUCCUCUCCAGUUCUUUCAACUUAGAAAAUCCAGACACUUUCUACUCUGUGUUCUCUCAUGUAACUUCUGCUGGGGUCUCUCUGAAGAAUGCUAAAAUUCUCCAAGAAAGGCUAUUUCAUUAUCUAGAAACAGUUGAGGUGGAUAUGAGUAGACAAAUAGCAAGAAAAUCCUCAGCUUUUUUUGAUACUAUGACAUACCUCAAUGCUCAAAUGGAGCAGCUCAAGUUAAACCAUGAAGCAGUUUCCACCCUUAGAAGAGGUAUCACAACUUUACGUCGAGAGGCUGUUGUGGAACCAAUAAAAAUUCUGGCAUUACCAAGAAGAAGAGACAAUAUCACUGCAACCUGUAAAAAGCUUGAAGUGAUGAGUGCUGUCCGUGAGGUUCAGUCAACAAUCCAGGUCAUGUUGGCUAGGCAGGAGUUCACCGCUGCACUUGACCUUAUAUCUACUACACAGGAUCUCCUCCACACAGAGCUCAGUACCAUCAGAAGUCUCAAACAUUUAAGUUCAGAACUCACAGAGCAUGAAAAACUGAUAGACAAAAUGGUAUCUGCUGAUUUCACAAAGUACAUUACUGAAGAUCUCAAUCGACCCCUUGAAGACACACAACCAUUACUUGAAGAGGACCACUUAAUAUCUGUAGUGUUUGGAGUACUCUGGUUACAAAAAUUUGACUUCUUAGAUAAUUUGAGAGAGGAAAUAUAUACUGCAAUAAAAGCUACAGUCAAACAGGCUGUUGUUGAGGCUGUGAGUAAGGUUGAGAUUGACCAGGAGAUAGCAAGUGUUGCAGAUCAGGCUCGGGUGCUGACUAUUAGUGCUUGGCUCUCUCUCUUGUCAGUUGUUACUUCACGGCUCAACACCGUCAUAGCAAGGGUCAAGGGUAUAACAGAGGUAAUGGUGCAAACUGUGGAAGCAGGAGCAGGGCGGACACAGCCAGUCACAGAGGGUAUUCAGGCUGCAUCUUUAGUCACCAUGAGCAGCUCAGAUGGUGAAGCUGUUUUAGGGGAGGUUGCCUGUGGACGAGUUUUAGGAGGUUUACGGGAAAUUUUGUGUGCCACAUGUGAUUAUGCACAUGAUCGUUGCGCCAAACUUCUGCAUGCACGGUCAAGAGAACAUGGCCUGGACAAAAUGACAGCAAAUGAGUUCUUGACUUUGUCACGCAUCAUUGAAGACUUUGUAGCUGAUACAGAAAGUGUGUGUGGACGUAAAAGUACUUCAUUCAGAAUGGGAUUACAAGGACAGGCUACAAGAUUUGUUCUGAGAUUCCAUGAAGAACGUGAAGCAAGAUACAAACUGAACAUGAAUAAUGAGCGAUGGAAAGCUGUUCAUGCCCCUCCUGACCUUCAACGCCUCCUCGAUCACAUAUCUGCCACAGAUACUUUAGUAACUCCACCUGCCAUCCAAGGUGACAGAGCUGACACUGAGACCAAUACCAGCAGCACUAGGAGUACACUCAGUACUUCUACAUCCAAUACUACCAUUGUCACUGCUGCCACUACCAUUAUUACCACUGUCAGUAAUGGCACCACUGAACACAACUCUAACAGUGGUGGCAAUAGUAGUAAUAAUGAUGUCAUUGGCAGUUAUAGUACUGGUGGUGGUGGUGGUGGUGUGGUAGUUGGUGGAGAGGAAUAUGUAGUGGUGGGAGUUUGUGUAGUGGUAGUGCGAUUAAUUGUGGAUUACUCCGAGUGUGCCUCCACGUUAAGAUUAGCGGCACAGCAGCUGCUAACACGACUGACAGACCUGCUGAGGAGAUUCAAUUCAGACACGUGCAGACUUUUGAUUGAAGCUGGUGCAGUUGCCCUUGGGCUCAAAACUAUUACAAUUCGAAAUUUAGCGCUGGCCUGGCGAUCCUUACAACUAUUACUAACUUUGCUGCCGCGCCUUAACACACAUUUCUCUACCCUUCUUCGACCAGCCAUUGUUGUAAAAAAUAUAGAACAAGUAACAAGAGAAUAUCAGGAACACUGUGAAGCCAUUGAAGCUAAGAUUGUAGGUGUAAUGAGUGAUACCUUAGAGCGGCAGCUGGCCACUUGGGAGGCACGUUCACCAGUCCCUUCUUCAGCCUUUAAUGGAAUUUUAAAGGCUAUAACUAAAUUACAUGAGGCCAUCUCAGGUGUCUUACCUCCUCCACAGAAGUACCAGUUAUUUGAAAAAAUUACUGCUGUCCUGAAAGAGAAGCUUAAAAUCCAUCUAGUACGGCUCAAUGUGUCAUCUGUAGGGCCACAGAGCUGGGUUGUUACAAGUGAACUGACUUUUUACUUCAACCAUCUGGAAGGUCUUGGAUUGAAUGGCCUUGUUACUCAAGAGGAGUUCACAACUGGCUUGUGGCCUCCCCGUUGAUGCUCCAUUAUCAAGUUAAUUUUAAAAAGCGCAAACCCUAGAGGUAUUUCCUUAUGAGGAAAGUAUUUGGAUAAUUUCUUAUUAUUAUUUAUUUAUUGAAGAAUAUUGUACAGUCUAUAGAUUCAUUAUUUUAUAUAUUUUAUCAAAUAUAAAUGGUCAAAGCAUAUUGUGAGAUAGAUACAUCAGUAUUGACAGGAUGGAUGAAUGAGAACACACACUUCUGUAUGCCUGUUUCUGGUGAGGUAGCUGUUUUAUUAACUUAUUUUUCCUUAAAGAUAAGUAGCAGGAACGUAUUUAUUUGAAUGUGACUAGUAUUUUGUAAAUAAUCAGCCAGUUUUGUGUAUAGUACAUAUUUAUGCAAAGAAUCCUUAAGUUUAAGGUGUGCUGAGAUGUGUUGUGAUAGCAAAGUUUAUAUGCUUGGCCAGAGGUAUUACUGUGAUGAACACUUAUCAUGUAAUGUCAGGCUUAUUGAGGCCUUUUGUAAGGCUGUUUCAGGGAUUGCACCUUUACCUCCAAGUGAAGUUUCUUAUUACCCAAAACUGGGAAAAAAUCUUCCAGUACAGUAUAGGGAAAUCAGUUUUUCUCAGCCACUUUCUUAAUAAUUAACAUCUUAACACCUUCAGUAAUUAAUGAUUAGAAUUAAUCUGCUAGCUAAUGCUUACAAAAUAUUCUAACAAACUAAGCAAUGUGCUGACUUAGCAUUUCAGUUUUAUAUGAACUUGGUUACAGGGAGCAUUUUCAGUGAAACAGAAUACAGUAGGAAUUGGCUUGUUCAUAAGGUUAAGUUUGUGCACCUCAUGUGAUAGACAUUUGUGUUAAGGAUUCUUAGCAGCGCUUGAUGGUAAAAGUUAGUUUGGGUCCAGGGAGUCUAUUUUCCCAAUUUUUUUUUAUUUAUUUAUUUUUAUUUUUUUAUUAAUAUAAGUACGUAUUGUGUAUCAAAUUACAAAAUGUUUACUUCCUAUGUACAACACAAGAUAUUUUGAAAGCACAGGGUAGAAAAGUACAGUAUAGGGAAGAGACCUUUAUAGAUAUUGCACUUGUUUGUCACAUCAAACAGCUUAAAUGUAUUUCCAGUGUGAUAAUAUUGAACACUUUGUAUUGAAAUUAUCACCAAAAAAAAAACCUGCAUCAAACAAUUGGAAACAGCAAAUAAAUAAAUUUGAAAUGACUAGUCAUAUCUGUUUUUAUGUUUACACUCUAUAGAAAUGGUAGGCAAUUGUUAUUCUAAGCAAUAACUGUACAGUACUAUGUUUGAUUUUUUUAAAAAGAAAAAAUGAACACUGUAAUCCUUGUCACUUUCCCUAAUAGAUAAUUAAUCUUUUUGUAAUUUCCUCUGAAAAAUGUGUCACCAUCCUGCAACACAAGCCAGCAGUUUUUACUCUUUCCUAUAAACUUUUUCACAUUCUACUGUGUAAUACGAGUACAGUAUUCCAUUAUAUCAACCACCAAAAUAUUUAUUUUCUAAAUAUUUUGUGCCAUACUUACUCGAUAUGUAAUUUUACUCUUGCUUGAAAAUAAGAAUAAAUGAAAUUCCCUACCAAACAAACAUUAACAAUUUAUGGAAAUAAAGAAUUUGUUAAA